UGAAUUCUUUUGGCUUUUGAUGCAGAUUUCGUACAGGCUGGACUUUGUGUUGGAGCAUACCAGUAAUUGUCUUUUCAUUUUAGUUGAAAACUAUUAGAAGUUGGAUCAGCUGCCUCUUUGGGAAUUACCCUUUGUACCCAUUACGAUUGACCUUUUUAGAUAAAAAUAUCUCCCUUACAGCUGGUGAUAAAUAUAAACUUAUAGUUCCUUCAUUUUUUGAUAUCUUGAAUGGCUGGAUCUUUGUUGCCAGUGGGUAAGGCAGUCCUACGUUCCAGCCAACCUUCCAAAUGUUAUAUGUUCAAUGCUGAUCUCCAGCAUCCGAAGUCAAUUCCAAUUCUCCCUCCAUAUAAGAAAAGAGUCAAACAGAAUAAUAAUUUGAACAAGUCAGUGCUCCUAAGUCCAUUAGUUUGCCAAUACCGGUUAAAACCAGUUUCGGUGCUUGACUCAGAUGUUCCCUAUCCUAUUGAACAGAGUUCAGAAGGUUUAAAGAGCAGCGAGAGCUUUAAGCAAUGGGAUUCAUUGACUGCAAAAUUUGCAGGAGCUGCAAAUAUUCCGUUUCUCAUAUUACAACUGCCUCAAAUAAUACUGAAUGCUCGUAACCUUCUAGCAGGAAAUCAAGCUGCAUUAUUUGCAGUUCCAUGGCUGGGGAUGUUCACUGGAUUACUUGGUAAUUUGUCUUUGCUAUCAUACUUUAUAAAGAAGAGGGAGACGGAAGUGGUUGUUGUGCAAACUUUGGGUGUUGUGACCAUUUACGUUGUGAUAUCACAAUUAGCCAUGGCUGGAUCUAUGCCUUUGCCUCAUUAUGCAGUCACUUCUGUUGUUAUUGCGUGUGGUCUUGUUGUGAACUUCAUGAACUACUUCCACUUGCUCAAUCCCGUAAUCUGGCGUUACUGGGAGGAUUUCAUUACUAUUGCUGGCUUAUCUGCGCUUCCCCAAGUCAUGUGGUCAACUUUCAUCCCAUAUGUUCCAAAUACCAUCUUGCCUGGUGCUGUGGCUUUUGUUCUGGCUAUCUUAGCUGUCUUUGUGUCUCGGACUGGGAAACUUCCAGAGAAGGGCAUCAAAUUUGUAGGAUCAUUAUCUGGAUGGACUAUUAGAAGUAUGGGGUGAUGAAUUAAAGAUGGU